CCGAGAAGGGCGGUGACUCAAGCUACACGAUGACGGCGGCUGUGCUUGACCACGACGCCAUUCAUCCUUCUACUGACUGUCCAGAGACGGUGCUAUCCAAGAAUGGCACAUCCGAUGACAAUCUAGCCGACCCCGAACAGACUCAAUCAUCAGCACCCAUAGAGGUCGACGGUGGUUAUGGCUGGAUCUGUGUGCUGUGCGUCUUUCUGGUCAAUGCUCAUACAUGGGGAAUCAACAGUGUAAGGCCUCACUCAUGGUCUUCUAGACAAGGCUAUAUUUGUUAACUCUUGUCGCAAAUAGGUCUAUGGUGUCUUUCUGGCCCACUAUCUGGACACAAAUACAUUCCCAGGAGCAUCAGACCUCGACUACGCCUUUGUCGGAGGCCUCUCCCUUAGUAUGGCUCAAUUCAUCGCGCCAGUCGCAACAAUCACGACCCGAAUGUGGGGUACAAGAUUUACCUUGAUGAUUGGGAUCACAUUGCAGACUGCGGCAUUGUUGGGAGCGUCAUGGGCGGGCCAGGUUUGGCAAUUGUUCCUCAGUCAGGCUCUGUGCUUUGGAUUUGGCAUGGGCAUGCAAUUCAGUGCUACUGUUGGCAUCAUUCCUCAGUGGUUCACCCGCCGUCGGUCCCUUGCCAAUGGUAUUGCAACGGCUGGAUCGGGGAUCGGGGGCCUUAUCUAUUCAUUGGCUACAGGUGCCAUGAUUCAGAGAUGGGGCAUUGGCUGGGCUUUCCGCAUCCUGGCGAUCGUCUCCGCUGCUGCGUGCGGCUUCUCUGCUAUCAUUUUAAGGGAUCGAAACAAGGCCAUUGGAGCUGUUCAAAUCGCCUUCCAUACAGAGCUUUUGAGAAGACCAGAAUUCCUGCUCACUUUGGCCUGGGGUUGCUUUAGCGUGUUGGGCUACGUGGCCCUUCUGUUCUCCAUUCCCGACUAUGCAACCACCGUAGGCCUGACCGCAUCUCAAGGCUCAAUUGUUGGUGCCAUGUUCAAUCUUGGAGGAGGCCUUGGGCGACCUGUUAUAGGGUACGUCAGCGACAGCUUUGGACGGCUGAACACCGCUCUCGCUUGUACCUUUUUGGCCGGCCUGUUUUCUCUCGUCAUCUGGGUCUUUGCCAAAGAUUUCGGAGUCCUCAUCUUCUAUGCCUUGAUUAGCGGUCCUUUUGCUGCGACCUUCACGACUACUGUAGCUCCAGUUGGCGCGGAGGUUGUGGGAUUACAACUCUUGCCAUCUGCAUUGUCGAUCUUCUGGCUUUCAGUCGUCAUCCCGAGCACAUUUGCUGAACCGAUCGCUCUUUGGCUACGCACCGACAACGGAACUAACUUCCUGCAUGCCCAGAUAUUUGUUGGCUUCAUGUUUAUGGCAGCAUGCAUUUGCCUCGGACUUGUGCGAGCAUGGAAGGUAUCAGCGCUUUCCAGCUCUGAUGCUGACGGCGAUCCUCUCGGGCAGGAAACCCAGAUCAAAGACGAUGAUGCUGUGCCACGAGAGUCCGUUGUGGGAACGGCGAGCAGCGUGCCUAGAAUCACAAGUAAAGUGAAGAUUGUAAAGGGAUUAUUCACGAUGGCGAGGGUUUGAAUGAUGUAGACUAAGAUGUCUGGGAUAAAGGGGUCAUCCUACUCUACCGUUCUAUGGAUAGGAGCCAAUUAGCCAACUUCGUGGCUUCAGGCCAUGACCCAUCACCUGGUGUUGAUGUAUGAGCAAGUUUUGCUGGACUUCGCUGAUCACGUCAUCUCUAUCCAGCAUAUUGCUUUCUUCAUAUCAAAACACGGCGUAAAAGCAACAAAUGGAGUUGUCAUGCUCUAAAGCGACUUCUCAGUCACACAGACAUGACGCCGUAAGUCAUGAGCCUCUCCCACCAAAAGCCGUCGAGACAUCUGGUUGUUUACUGCAGUUAUCAUAAUAGUAGAUUCCAUGUAGAAAUUAGAUAGAUAGCAUUGAUACGAAUGAUAAAUUAGGGGGUUGAAGAAUAAUAGGUUCUCCUAAUCUCCUGCUUUGGUGAGG